AGGGAGAGUUGGUAAGCGACAACACUUCUUUUUCUGUGUAUCUGGCCAUAAAGUGUCGAAAGAAAGUCGUUGUUAAAAUUUUCACGAAUCGAGAUUUCAGCAGUAAAUAAAUUCUGAAAUAUGUUUCGCCUUCUUGUAAUAAUGACGGUGCUUUUUAUGACGACUGACGCGCGAUGCAGGGACGAGACGAAUUUCGCGGAUAGUUUUCCUUCAUUAUUUUUGACUAAUUUCCGAAACGUGAAAUACUAUGGCACUCUUUUGAUUGGAAUUCCACAGCAAAUAUUUAAAGUUGUAUUUGACACCAGUUCUGCAAAUCUUUGGGUAUUUAACACAAAUUGCUCACUCCCUAUUUGUUUGGCACGUUGUCGAUAUAAUAGUAUGAAAUCCUACACAUAUAUAUCAAAUCGUACUAAGAUUAGAAUAGGAUACUUUGAUUACAAAAUAUAUGGAUUCCUAUCUACUGAUAUAGUGGAUGUUGCCAACCUCCAUAUAAAGAAUCAAACAUUUGCAGAAGUGGCAUACGUAUCAGACGUAAAUAAUUUUAAUUUAUAUGUAAAUAUAUUUGACCGAAAAUUUGAUGGUAUCUUGGGCCUUAGUUAUUCCAAUAUAUCUGUCGGUGGAAUAACGUCUGUCUUCGACAACAUGAUUGAACAAGAGCUAGUGUCAUCACGCAUUUUCAGUUUUUAUAUACAUAGAAACACUUCAGUCAAAUUCGGUGGUAAAUUGACAUUCGGUGGUUCCGAUCCUGCUUAUUACGUAGGAGGUUUUACAUAUGUUCCAGUUACUAAGAAGGGAUACUGGCAAUUUACCCUAGAGAGUAUCUACAUAAAGGAUUUGAUUUUGUGCGAGAAAAGCUGCCAAGCUAUCAUUGGUUCAAGUACUUGGCAAAUAAUGGGACCAGAAAAGGAUAUUUUACAUAUUAAUGAACUUAUUGGAAUUAAUACACAGGGAAGAGUGGACUGCAAUAGAAUUUUCGGAUUGCCUACAAUCAGUUUUAAUUUGGGUGGUAGGACGUUCAAUCUUACUGCUAAAGAUUACAUCAUUCGAUAUCCAUAUGAUGAAAGUAUAUGUAUAACCGUCUUCUGGAAAUACAACCCAUUAUAUGAUAUCGAUGAAGUAAAAUGGGUUCUGGGCACGCCAUUUAUGGGCCGUUACUACACCGAGUUUGAUAUGGAGAAAGACCGAUUGGGAUUUGCUUUGGCCGAAAAAAAUUUCAUAAAAUAGAAAAUUUCAUCAAAAUGUAUAGAAAAUCUUUUCUAUACAUAAGAAGAAGAUAGAAAAUUUCAUAGAAAAUUUCAUCAAAAUGUAUAGAAAAUCUUUUAUUGUCAUCUUUUGUUGUAUACAUUAUCAUCAUUUUUUAAAUUAUUUAUUUAGUUUUCGGUAAGAAAAAAACUUAAUCUCUUUUAGUCGCCAACUGACGAAGUUCCCAUAUCACUAUGAAUUUUUGCGUAGUAUGUACAUAAUGGUGUUUUAAUUUUCAACCGCAAUACUUUACCGUAAAUGCAGCUGAUUGCUAAUUAGAAUGCGAAUUUUUACGAGUUAUAUCAUUCGUUAAAAUCAUUCUUGCAUGGCCGUCUAAUCGAUAUAAUCAAUCUAUUCUUUCGAAAAGCUGAUUUUUCCUUCAUUAUCAAUCUUCAUUACGUGCGUAUUUAAUAAUUUAUUUUAAUAAAAUUUGUUUCAAUUAUAAAACAAAAUGUCAAAUAAAAUAUUUUUAAAUUUGAUUGAUCGAUAGGACGGAUGAUCGAUAACACGGAUAUGUUUCGAAUGCGCGCGAUGAUAUAUAUAACAGCCGCCAAAUGUCGGUAAAUGAUAACUUUAGCAAUCGAGUACAAUUUCUGUUUUGUAUGUCGCAACGUAUAGAAAGAAAUUUGCCAGAAAUUUCGAAAACAUAUUCCGCUGUCUCGUUGUUGUUAUGAUUCUGAACGACGCGGAAAUCCAAAGCUAUGUUUAUAUUGUAUUGUAUGUGUACAUUACAUAUUGGUAUA